AUGGGGGCACUUUCACAUCAACGCUGCGAGGAAACCAUUGAUGCUACUACGGUUAAGGCAGCAGAGAAGCAUCCCCUUAAUUUCGCCAGCGACGGCACCGAGUCAUUCCCGGCAGCUCUGGUAGUUGCAGUCCCCAAGAAGCGGCUUGCGCCAGCUCCAGCAGAAUCGCACGGUCUCGCCGGCCCCGAGCUCAAGCUCUGCGCAAAUGCUUGUCUCGUCCUCCGCCCGCCAGAGAGACAGCCCGGCCGGGCAAGGGACUGCCUCGUCCGCGGAUGCAAGUCCGAGGAGAGGAGCACAAUUCGCUGCCUGAACACCUUCCGCAACAACAUUGCUCCCUACGUAGAUCUCCUGGAGCUGCGGUAUACAGGCAAGACUGGACUUGGUAUCUUCUCGCGACCGGGCUGCUUCAUCCCCAAGUAUACCUUCAUCAGCGAGUGA